UCCUAAAAGAGUCCAUAAAAUUCUGACCUUUCUUCGCUGCAGAACGCACGUCACUCCAAACUCUCUCUAAAGGAACUUGUCCCUCUGCUUUUCUGAUUCUCGGAUUCACACUCACUUCCUUUGCACAAGUCAUGAGUUUAUCCGAGAACAACAACGCGAUCCGGAUAGCCCAACAACAAGAACUUAAUGAAGAAGAAGAAGAAGCGGGCAAACUGGCCGUCCGGUUAGCGAAUGGAGUGAUACUUCCGAUGGUUCUGAAGUCUGCCCUUGAGCUCAACCUCAUCGACAUAAUCUCAGAUGCCGGCAUCGGCGUGUUCCUCUCACCUUCUGAGAUCGCGGCUCGGCUACCCACCAAGAAUCCGGACACGCCUGUUCUGCUGGACCGGAUGCUACGGCUCUUGGCGAGCUAUUCCAUACUCAAGUACUCCCUCCGGACCCGAGAGGACGGAGAGAUUGAGAGACUGUAUGGUGUGGCACCCAUUUGCAAGUUCCUUGUUAAGAAUCCUCAUGGGGGCUCUGUUGCUCCUCUUUUCCUGUUGCACCAUGACAAGGUCUUCAUGGAGAGUUGGUACCACAUGAAUGAUGCUAUACUAGACGGCGGGAUUCCUUUCAACAGAGCCUAUGGAAUGACAGCAUUUGAAUACCCAGGAACAGAUGAAAGGUUCAAUCGGGUAUUCAACCAAGCCAUGUCAAACCACACUAUCUGGAUCAUGAAGAAGAUACUCGAUGUGUACAAAGGGUUUGAAGGCCUCAAAGUGUUGGUUGAUGUUGGUGGUGGAGUUGGAGUUACCCUGAACAGAAUCACUUCCAAAUAUCCUCAGACCAAGGGCAUCAAUUUUGAUCUGCCUCAUGUUUUAACCGAUGCACCUUCUUAUCCAGGUGUGGAGCAUGUUGGGGGAGAUAUGUUUGAUAGUGUUCCAUGUGGAGAUGCUAUUUUCAUGAAGUGGAUACUCCAUGAUUGGAGUGAUGAGCAUUGCUUAAGACUUCUCAAAAACUGCUGGAAAGCACUUCCCAAAUCUGGAAAAGUGAUCAUUGUGGAAUCAAUUCUUCCUGUGGCUCCUGAGAGUAAUGUUUCCUCAAAUAUUGUCUUUGAGCAAGAUUUGUUUAUGUUAGCUCAAAACCCUGGAGGAAAAGAGAGGACCCAAAAAGAGUUCGAGGCAUUAGCUUUAAAAUCUGGGUUUUCUGGCUGUGAGGUCAUAUGCUGUGCUUACAACAGCUGGGUUAUGGAGUUCCACAAGAGAGCAGAUCCUUAAGUUGCUGGAGUAACUAUAAUAUCCAACAUCUUUGGUUUGUAUGAAUAAGUUUGUGGUUUCUCUUGUCAAUUGUGUUUGAUUUAUUUUCUAAAAUCUGGAAAGUCACGAUUGUAUCAUAGAUAUAUGAUCCAGUUGUAAGUGAUGUUGGUUUUGUCACUUGUAGUUGCUCUCUUGUAG